AGGUGCAGUGAGUACAGGGCUUUCUCGUUCUUGCAGUAUCUCUCCUGAGGAGCCAGUUUUAGUUUUUUGUAUUUUCUCAAAUUUUAAAGAAGUUGCGGUAGAACUGAGCUUGGCGAACGACCAUGUCUGCAGAGAAGAAGCCGAAAAAAAAGAAAGACUCAACAAACGGCACAACCGAAUCGAAGUCCAAUGGAACUGAGGCCAAACCCAAAAAAACAAAAACCAAGAAGAACGAAGAUGCUGCUGAAGACGAGAGCGCCACCGCUCAAAAUGGAAAAAAGGUAAAGAAAAAGAAACCAGAAAAAGACAAAGAACCGGAAAAGGACAAGGAAAAAGAGAAAGAGAAAGAGCCAAAAAAGAAAACCAAAAGUGCUCCUAAGAAGAAAAAGGGUUCAGACUCAGAUGAUGACGAUAAUGAUGACGAUGAGGAGGAAACCCCCAAGAAAAAGACAAAGAAAAAAACCACCAAGGAAACUUCUCCAGCCGCAAACUCAUCCAAAGAGAAGAAAUCUAAAUCUAAAGAGGAAAAAGAUUCUGAUGGAAAAGAAAAAAAGGCCAAGUCAAAAGAAAAGGACAAGAAGAAAGAACCAGCUUCAAUGUUCAUGAUAAAUGGAGACAAAGAGUCUAAAAGCAAAAAGAAAGCUGCCAAGUCUGACAGCGAUGACAGUGAGGAGGAGACAAAGUCAAGCAAAUCAAAGAAGAAAUCCAGCGCUGCACCUGCAUCCAUGUUUCAAACUUCUUCAGAAAAGGAGAAAACCAAGGACAAAGACAAGAAGACUAAGAAGAAAGGAAAGGCAGAAGAGAGUAACGAAUCUGAGUCAGAAAAAGAAGAAAAGUCUAAGAAGAAGAAGGGCAAAGGGAAGAAGAAAAAGGAGAGACCCCCCUCACCUGAGAUUGAAUUUGACAACCUGGAGCAGUUUGUGAUGGACCCAGCUCCACAGGGCGUGACUGUCAAAUGCAGGGUGACGCGGGACCAGAGAGGCAUGGAUAAGAACUUCUAUCCUCUGUACUACCUUCAUCUAGACAACGAGAAAAAGACUUUCCUGUUGGCUGGGAGGAAAAGAAAGAAAAGCGCAACUUCAAAUUACCUCAUCUCCAUUGAUGCUACGGACUUAUCAAGAGGGGGUGAGAACUUUGUUGGGAAGCUGAGGUCAAACUUAAUGGGAACAAAGUUCACCGUGUUUGAUAAUGCGCUGAAUCCAGAAAGAGCUCUUCCAGACUUGUCCAAUGCACGGCAAGAAUUAGCAGGAAUCAUCUAUGAGACAAAUGUCCUCGGGAUGAAAGGACCCAGAAGGAUGACUGUGGUCAUUCCAGGAAUGGAUAAGGACAAUGACAGAGUCCCGCUCAGACCAAGAAAUGAAUGUGACAGUUUGUUGAUAAGAUACCAGAAUAGAAGGAUGGAAAAUCUGAUUGAGCUUCGCAACAAGACUCCUGUGUGGAACGAAGACACGGCGUCUCACGUGCUGAACUUCAACGGCAGAGUCACGCAGGCUUCUGUCAAGAACUUUCAGAUAGUUCAUAACAAAGACUUGGACUACAUCGUGAUGCAGUUUGGACGAAUAGCUGAUGACAUUUUCACGCUGGACUACAACUACCCCAUGUGUGCUGUGCAGGCCUUUGCCAUCGCGCUCUCGAGCUUCGAUGGCAAAAUCGCUUGUGAAUAAUACAAAUGUCAUCAGCUGUCUACUAACACUGAAACCAGAAUGGAACGAGGCCACAAUUUCCAUCAGACCCACGCAUGUCUUUGGACUGGCGUACUCAUCCUGCGAUGGGCGGCAGUGAUAAUGAUGGCUCCUUGAGGACAACCACAUACCUGCUGCUGCAUUUCCAACCCAUCCAGGUGCAAUGAACAAAACCAAACAUAAAAGAUCAUCUUAACUUGUCCAGCAUGGCACUGGAGAGUUCCUUUUGGUUAUUCAAUGGGAAAAGAAACAGAAAUUGUCUGAGCCACAAAUAGGACUUCAAAAGGACCCAGAGACUGGAGAGUUAGGGGGUUUUGGAGAGCUGGAAGACGACACCUCAGUGAUGAAGGUGUUGAAGGUAUAUUAAAAUGUUUAAAAGACAUCUGGCUUUAUACGUUUUGCUUUGUUAUGCUGUGUUUGCAUUGCAUUCCUGAAAUAGAUCACCAUUGUUUUGUGUCAUUUGUGACUUCACCCGCUUGUGUGAAACACAAAGACUAAACGCAGAAGCUGAAGAUGGGAACAUCUGUGUUUGUGAAGACAGUAAUCUGUAUUUAAUUUGACGUAUUACACCAGUAUGCACAAUUGACCAAUUUAUACUCUGAUAUCUCAUAAUAUUAUAUUUAUUUGAAUCCUAUUAAUUCUGAUAGAAGUUGACUGUGCAGGUGUAGUGACUGUGGAACAAUAUUGUAACGGUAACAUGCAUAGUUUAAGGGGAGUGUUUAGUUUCAGGUGUCUAUUAUGAGUGAUUGUUCUGUCUAAAAUUUGCUCGUUUCAGAUAAUUUGGUCUGAUUUGAGCUUUUGUAGGGGUUUUUUUUGUAUUUGUAUCAGAUUUUGUCAGAAUUUUGUAAAAUUCAUGUAUUUUCCUGAA